AGCCUCACUCCCUCCUCCAGCCUCACCCCUACUCCAGCUCCCUCCUCCAGCCCUCACCCCUCCUCUAGCCUCACCCCUUCCUCCAGCCUCACCUUCUCUACCAGCCUCACUCCCUCCUCCAGCUUCACUCCCUCCUCCAGCCUCACCCCCUCCUCCAGCCUCACCCCCUCCUCCUCCAGCCUCACUCCCACUUCCAGCCUCACUCUCUCCUCCAGU